ACCUCUCAGUCUUCUUCUCACACAUACGCCAGAGCUCAGACUGCAGCAGAGCGCAGAGCCAGCAAGGAUUUUCCCUUUUAUUUUUGGAAAGGCAGAGACAUUUACCUGCUGCGGCAGUCUUGCAGGGAGGAUUGACUGAGGAGGAGAACCUGACAAGCUGCUGAGUGCGUAGGUUCACACCUGGCUGUCAGAAGCAGUUGUGAGGACUUUUUAAAGCUUCCCAAUCUCUUUCAAGGGACCUUCCAGCUACCCAUCAUCUCUUCAGGUUAAGAUGCUCCGCUGUGCGCCCCUGUGCUGAGGAGGCGUCGGCGGGCAGCAGUAUGGACGCUGUGCUGGCUGACAUCCCCACCAUCCCCUUCACCACCACCAAACUGCUACCACCACCACGCUGCCCAACCAAACCGGGCGCUCCCCCCAUCCCCUCUGAUGGGCGAAGACACUGACGCCACCCUGACGCUCAACCACCACGGCUUCCUCCCCGACCACAACUAUGUGACUGAAGGGCUGCUCCUGGCUAUAGCCUGAAGAGCUCCGCCCAUCCUGUCCACCCCUCUCCACCCUGGAGUCCUCCCCCAGGAUGUUGAGCCCUAUCCAGGUGCUGUGCUCCGACAUCACUACCCUUUCUCUGGAGCCUGAGCCGUUUGCCUCUUACACUGAAGCGGAUAUAAUCUCCACCGUAGAGUUCAACCACACAGGAGAGCUCCUGGCCACAGGGGACAAAGGAGGCCGUGUGGUCAUCUUUCAGAGGGAACCAGAGAGUAAGAGUGAGCCAUUUUCCCAGGGAGAAUACAACGUAUACAGCACCUUUCAGAGCCAUGAGCCCGAAUUCGACUACCUUAAGAGUCUGGAGAUUGAGGAGAAGAUCAACAAGAUCCGAUGGCUGCCUCAGCAGAAUGCCGCCCACUUUCUCCUCUCCACCAAUGAUAAGACCAUUAAGUUGUGGAAGGUGAGUGAAAGAGAUAAACGACCAGAAGGCUACAACCUGAAGGAUGAGGAAGGUCGCAUAAAGGAUCUCUCCACAGUCACCUCUCUGCAGGUGCCGGUCUUGAAGCCCAUGGACCUGAUGGUGGAGGUGAGCCCCCGGCGAGUGUUUGCCAACGCCCACACGUACCACAUCAAUUCAAUAUCGGUCAAUUCGGACUACGAGACCUACAUGUCCGCGGACGACCUGAGGAUCAACCUCUGGCAUCUGGACAUCACUGACCGCAGCUUCAACAUUGUGGACAUCAAACCAGUAAACAUGGAGGAUCUGACAGAGGUGAUCACAGCUGCAGAGUUUCACCCCCACCACUGUAACCUGUUUGUUUACAGCAGCAGCAAAGGAACCUUACGCCUCUGUGACAUGAGAGAAGCAGCGCUGUGCGACAAGCACUCCAAAUUGUUUGAGGAGCCUGAGGAUCCUAGCACUCGCUCAUUUUUCUCUGAGAUUAUCUCUUCUGUGUCAGAUGUGAAGUUCAGCCACAGCGGUCGCUACCUGCUCACUAGAGACUACCUGACUGCAAAAGUUUGGGACCUCAACAUGGAGAGCAAGCCCCUGGAGACAUACCAGGUACACGAUUACCUGCGCAGCAAGUUGUGCUCCCUUUACGAGAACGACUGCAUCUUCGAUAAGUUUGAGUGUGCCUGGAACGGCUCGGACAGUGUGAUCAUGACUGGUGCCUACAACAACUUCUUCCGAAUGUUCGACCGCAACACCAAGCGCGACGUAACCCUGGAGGCAUCUAGGGAGAGCAGCAAACCCAGGGCCGUCCUGAAGCCGCGGAGGGUCUGUGCCGCCGGCGGGAAACGACGGAAAGAUGACAUCAGUGUGGACAGCCUGGAUUUCACCAAGAAGAUCCUGCACACAGCUUGGCACCCCAACGAGAACAUCAUCGCCAUCGCCGCCACCAACAACCUGUACAUCUUCCAGGACAAACUCAACUCCGAGAUGCACUGAUGAAGGGGUGUCGGCAGCGGGUCCAAACAAGUUUACAAGCUAACAUGCAACUAUGCUAGAAUGUACAUUAACAGACUCAAACAGUGGCCCACAGAACCCAGGAAGAUGCCUAACGCACACAGUCAGAAUGCAUACACACCUCCUCAGCCUCCCACAACUGAAUGGGGUCCAGUCGGGGUUAAAAAAGGGAACUGGCUGGAUGACGCAAUGGGUUAUUAAUUGAAAAUUGUCCAAACUGUGUUUAUUUUUAUUGUUAUCCUGUGGAUUGUGGGUAAUCACAGAUCAGCCUGUGAGUGGGAUCAGAUUUCCUCUCAGAGUGGAAGGACGUUUCAAUUUCUUUGUCUUUUUUUUUAAAACUCUUCAGGCACUUUUGCUUUCUUCAUCUCCUCUCUGUAAACGUGUGCUCAAGCAAAGCCUAUUCUUAUCCCCUUUGCCCACUGUUUUGUGUAAAAAUGGGGCAUUUAUAUAACUGUGUUUUUCAUUCCAGAUAAGACGCUCUGUUUUUGUAACUUCUUGUUAAAUGUUGAUGACAAAGGUAGAUCUGGUUUAUCAAAAUGAAGCGAUGUGUGCGAAAUGCUAGGAUGAACCCCGUGACUCUCCCCUCUACCCAACUGCACUGGAUGCCACCCUCAGAGGGGUGAAACAUUCACAGUCCUGCAGGUAAAACCAGACAUUAACAGACAAAAUCCGUAACAACCAAGAGUGUGUUUAAGCAAUGACUGUUUUCCUUUUUUGCCGAAACACAUCCAAACGUAUCCGUUUGUGUUUUCUGCUUCUGAUCCAGGGCUGUCGUGUGUGCUGCUGCUUCAACACUGAUUACAUUACACUCAGAUAAGCAAAAAAGUAAAAAAAAAAAAAAGUGAAUAAACAUUUGCAACAAUCAAGCAAAAAGAUGCUGCAUGUCCAACAGAUUUACUUUAUAAAUUAUCUGUCUGACUGACUUGGCUGCCUUCUUUAAAAUGUUUAGACCUAGCUGUAGAAAGGCUUCAGGGGGCCUCAGGAGGAGGCCCCUCGCAGCAGCACGAGCCGCCAUAGAUGACCGAUGACCUCCUGACUUUGUGUCCUCGGAUGCUGAAGCAUGUUUACUGGUGUUCGGUUUGUACACAUCCAUUCUGAAUGAAGCCGUCCACAAAUCAGUGAAAACUGAGAACCAAGAAAAAUAGGAAAUGUUUCAGAUUGUUGUACCUUAAAAUAAUAACAAAGACUUAAAGCGGCCUCAGUGGUGUCUGUAUAUAACAGUUGUUUCUGACAUGUAUGAGGAUUUGUUUUGUCUCAACCAACCGCGGACUUGCCUCUAAAGCUACAGCGGAGUGAUGGUACUUUAAUCUCUUCGGCCUUCCUCACUGAUUACUUUUUGGAUGUGCAGAAGCUUUUAUUUUUUAAAAGACAGACAUUUCUUUAUUCGGAACAUGUGUUGGUCAUACUCCAUGUCUUUAUCAAAUACAGUUGAUUCACAUAUUUUUGUCUAAAUACAUGUUGACAUAAUUGUCAAAUGGACAGUUAUAAAUAAUGUUAAUAUGUUUCUUUCCCUUUUUUUUUCAAUAAAGGAUUCAACAAAAUUGCA